AUGGACGAGCGGCUGCUGGGGCCGCCCCCUCCAGGCGGGGGCCGGGGGGGUCUGGGAUUGGUGGGCGGGGAGCCUGGGGGCCCUGGCGAGCCUCCCGGUGGCGGAGAUCCGGGUGGGGGCAGCGGGGGGGUCCCGGGAGGCCGAGGGAAGCAAGACAUCGGGGACAUUCUGCAGCAGAUAAUGACCAUCACCGACCAGAGCCUGGACGAGGCCCAGGCCAAGAAACAUGCCCUAAAUUGCCACAGAAUGAAGCCUGCUCUGUUUAGCGUCCUGUGUGAAAUCAAGGAGAAAACUGGCCUCAGCAUCCGAAGCUCCCAAGAGGAGGAGCCGGUGGACCCACAGCUGAUGCGCUUGGACAACAUGCUUCUGGCAGAGGGUGUGGCAGGACCCGAGAAAGGCGGGGACUCAGCAGCAGCUGCUGCAGCUGCUGCAGCCUCUGGGGGUGGCGUGUCCCCUGACAACUCCAUCGAACACUCUGACUACCGCAGCAAACUCGCCCAGAUCCGCCACAUCUAUCACUCCGAGUUGGAGAAGUAUGAGCAGGCAUGUAAUGAGUUCACAACCCACGUCAUGAACCUGCUGAGAGAGCAGAGCCGAACUCGGCCUGUGGCACCCAAGGAGAUGGAGCGCAUGGUGAGCAUCAUCCAUCGGAAAUUCAGUGCCAUCCAGAUGCAGCUCAAGCAGAGCACCUGUGAGGCUGUCAUGAUUCUUCGUUCCCGAUUCCUAGAUGCCAGAAGAAAACGCCGAAACUUCAGCAAACAGGCCACCGAGGUCCUAAAUGAGUAUUUCUACUCCCACCUGAGUAACCCGUAUCCUAGUGAGGAGGCUAAGGAGGAGCUCGCCAAGAAGUGUGGCAUUACUGUCUCUCAGGUCUCCAACUGGUUUGGCAACAAGCGGAUUCGCUAUAAGAAAAACAUUGGAAAGUUCCAAGAGGAGGCAAAUAUCUAUGCUGUCAAAACCGCUGUCUCAGUCACUCAGGGGGGCCACAGCCGCACCAGCUCCCCGACUCCCCCUUCUUCUGCAGGCUCUGGUGGCUCCUUCAAUCUCUCAGGAUCCGGAGACAUGUUUCUGGGGAUGCCUGGGCUCAACGGAGAUUCCUAUUCUGCUUCCCAGGUGGAAUCACUUCGACACUCCAUGGGGCCUGGGAGCUACGGGGAUAACCUCGGGGGAGGUCAGAUGUACAGCCCCAGGGAAAUGAGGGCAAAUGGUGGCUGGCAGGAGGCUGUAACUCCGUCCUCAGUGACAUCCCCUACAGAAGGACCAGGGAGCGUUCACUCAGACACUUCCAACUGA